GCCCAGGAGCUGCCCACGACCCAAGAGCAACGGCAGUGCCAGAGGUGUGUGCUCGGCAGGCAGCAGUUCCGAGCGGAGCUCCUGCGGAGGAGAAGCAGGAGCUUGGCGCACACCGGGGAGCGCUGGGAUGGAGGAAUCCGGGCCUCAGCCCGCACCCUGCACAGAAGCACAGGAGCCGUCCUCGGGGAGACAUCUUGGGUGGGCGCCAACGUCACAGCUGUUGACCUCCCCAUCCUCACCGUUGACCUCUCCAUACUCUCUGUUGACCUCCCCAACCUCACUGAUGACCUCCCCAUCCUCACCGUUGACCUCCCCAUCCUCUCUGUUGACCUCCCCAUCCUCACCGUUGACCUCUCCAUACUCUCUGUUGACCUGCCCAACCUCACUGAUGACCUCCCCAUCCUCACCAUUGACCUCCCCAUGCUCACCGUUGACCUCCCCAUCCUCUCUGUUGACCUCCCCAUCCUCACCGUUGACCUCCCCAUCCUCUCUGUUGACCUCCCCAUCCUCUCUGUUGACAUCCCCAUGCUCACCAUUGACCUCCCCAUCCUCUCUGUUGACAUCCCCAUGCUCACCAUUGACCUCUCCAUCCUCACUGUUGACCUCUCCAUCCUCACCGUUGACCUCCCCAUGCUCACCGAUGACCUCCCCAUGCUCACCGUUGACCUCCCCAUCCUCUCUGUUGACAUCCCCAUGCUCACCAUUGACCUCUCCAUCCUCACCGUUGACCUCUCCAUCCUCACCGUUGACCUCCCCAUGCUCACUGAUGACCUCCCCAUGCUCACCGUUGACCUCUCCAUCCUCACCGUUGACCUCUCCAUCCUCACCAUUGACCUCCCCAUCCUCACCGUUGACCUCUCCAUCCUCACCAUUGACCUCCCCAUCCUCACCGUUGACCUCUCCAUCCUCACCAUUGACCUCCCCAUCCUCACCGUUGACCUCUCCAUCCUCACCAUUGACCUCCCCAUCCUCACCGUUGACCUCUCCAUCCUCACCCCAUCCUCACCGUUGACCUCUCCAUCCUCACCAUUGACCUCCCCAUCCUCACCUGGAUAUCAAGCCACCAACACGAGGCCUCUGAGCUGGAGUCGGGAGGAGGUGCGCGUGGUCGCCCUGCAGCACCCGCCGCUGAGCUGGAAGAGCGCUGGCGGUGGCCCAGGCUGGGGACAGCAGUCCCCGGGCUACGGCAGGGGCCCCAGCAGCACGGGCUGCUCGGACACUCCAUUCCACGCCAGGCUGAGCCGCCGUCAUCCCAGCCGCACCAAGAGGCCCCGGGCCCCUAACAUCCGCGCAUCUGGCCCGCAGGAUCAACACUGCAACGUGCUGAUCUCCUAG